CUGGCCGGGACCGGCCCCCCUACGCCCACCUCCCACCUCCCAGUUCCGAGGCGGCGAUGAGACAGAGCGGCGCCUCCCAGCCCCUGCUGCUGAACAUGUACCUGCCAGAUCCUGUUGGGGAGAGUCUUUUCAAAGAAGGAAAGAGUGGCUGGGGGCCGCUGAGCCCCGCAGUGCAGAAAGGCAGCGGCCAGAUCCAGCUGUGGCAGUUUCUGCUGGAGCUGCUGGCAGACCGGGCGAACGCAGGCUGCAUCGCGUGGGAGGGUGGCCACGGCGAGUUCAAGCUGACCGACCCAGACGAGGUGGCGAGGCGCUGGGGCGAGCGCAAGAGCAAGCCUAACAUGAAUUACGACAAGCUGAGCCGGGCGCUGCGCUACUACUACGACAAGAACAUCAUGAGCAAAGUUCACGGAAAGCGCUAUGCCUACCGCUUCGACUUCCAGGGCCUGGCCCAAGCCUGCCAGCCCCCGCCCGCUCACGCCCACGCCCAUGCCGCGGCCGCAGCGGCCGCCGCUGCUGCUGCAGCCCACGAUGGCGCGCUCUACAAGCUGCCCGCAGCCCUGGCACCUUUGCCCUUCCCUGGCCUCUCCAAACUCAACCUCGUGGCGGCCUCCGCCGGGGUGGCCCCCGCCAGCUUCUCCUAUUGGCCUGGCCCGGCCCCUGCAGCAGCUGCAACCGCCGCUGCCGCCGCGGCAGCUCUCUAUCCCAACCCCAGCCUCCAGCCUCCUCCCGGGCCCUUCGGGGCAGUGGCCACCACCUCGCACCUCGGAGGGGUGGGGGGGCAUUAUCACUGAGGAAGUCCUCCCGCGGCCUGUAGCCUCGGCUCUUGACCUUAGGAGGAGCCUCCAAAUCCCUCUGCUCUUCUAUGCCCUCAACCCUCCAAGGUUAAAGAGCCUUCUCCAUCUUUCUCCAGUUCCAGCUUACUCCUGACUAUUUUGAGGACUUCCAGACGGCACCCCUAAUCUUCCCCCUUUUCUUUCCAUUCUUGAAUCUUUGGGAAGCCAGCUCCUUUCCACUUUUUCUCAUCACCACCUGACUUAAACAGCCUAACCAGUGAGUCCCCGAGGCCUCUGGCCUCAUCCCCCGUCGGUGAUAUCGGCACUCCACUCACUUGGCGGGAGCCCAGCACUGCCUUAUCUCCUCCCCGCUCCCCGCUGAAGGCAGUUUAAGAAAAUGGCGGGGGCGAGGGGAGCGGCGAGUCGGAGUGGGGCUUUCUUGACGUCUCAAUUCCUCUUGUAAGAAGUAGUUCAAUUUUUGCCACCUUCCCUCUGGUCCUGGUCGGCGCACGUGUUUCUAUUUUCCUUCAAGCCCCUAUUAAAAUGUCUAAUCUGUCUCCCAAACUACUGACUCUUUCUCUUUUUAAAUUGUUUUGA